AUGAGUGCUACGGGAAGUUACGUUCAACCAGCUUUAAUAUUUCAUCGUAAAAAAAUGAAGGGUUACUCAAUGAAUAAUGCACUUCCAGGAAGUAUUGGAAUGGUUUCUGAUUCUGGUUUCAUAAAUACAAAUAUGUUCAUGGAAUAUCUUCACCAUUUCAGAGACAAUGUGCAGCCCACUAAAGAGAAUUCAGAGCUAUUGAUAUUAGACAAUCACAGUAGCCACUUUUCCUUGGCUGUAGUCAAUUAUUGUCGUGAGAAUGGCAUCCAUUUACUCACGCUUCCACCGUACAGUAGUCACAAGAUGCAACCUUUAGAUCGCGGAUUUUUUGGAUCAUUAAAAAUUAGAUUCGCUUACGAGUGCGACAAAUGGUUAAGUGCUAAUCCGGGACGUGUCAUUGGACCAACAGAGGUAGCCCAUCUGGUUAAUGAGGCUUUUCAGAAAGUUGCAACAGUUAAGAAUGCUACUUCAGGUUUUAAGACUUCUGGGAUGUGGCCUAUCAAUAAGAAUAUUUUUUCAGAAGAAGAUCUCACGGCAGCUUCUAUGACUGAAAUUAUUCUUCCAUCUACGUCAUCUGUGCAAAAUAUCUUGCAGAACUUCACAGCUAUUACAUCUGCUACACUUCCAGCACCAGAAUCUUUGCCAAGCACUUCUUAUGCUUCAAUAGCAUCAGAGCGUAUACCGAGUACGUCUUAUGCUGUAUCGUCCGGAGUUGCAGUAUCAGAAUUAUCUACUAAAACGAUUUCAAGAUCAUCUACGAUACCAAAUUUAGUGCGCUCAAGCACUGUAACAGACCAGGUUUUAGCUGCAGUGAAUACACCAUUAGCUCCUUCACCAGCUGUAGAUACACGUUCUAAUGAAUUCACGAUACUGAUAGCCCUUUUAAAGCGGAGUUAG